AUGGUAUUUCUCGCACUGCUCGUCCUCGUCGCCACCCUAUGCCCCACCGCCUCGGCGCGAGAGCAUCGGCUCUGCGGCUCCAAGCUCACCAAGGCCAUCCGAGAGAUUUGCAAGAAUCGACUGAACCCGCCAAAAGAGAGCAACGACGUUGGUGACUCGAGCCCGGCGGGGGUUGCCCGAAAAUGCUGCUCGGAGCGGUGUACGAUGGAGUACUUGCGGUCGUUCUGCGCCCCGGAUACGGACGACUAC